AUGGCGGACGCAGUCGACGUUAGCAGUACCGCGGGCCAUCUGGAGGCUGCUGUCCAGCUCAGCGCUGCGGUGAGCCGGCAGAUUGACGCCAUCUCCGACGCGCCGCGAGUGCUCACGACCCUCUCGGCUGAUCUGCAAGAAGUGCUGUCGAUCCUCGAGACAUUGCUUUACUACCUCAGCAACGACGACACGGCCAAAGGAGUCCUUCAUCCGUCCACAGCUCGAGACCUUGAUACGGUCCUCAAGAAAUAUGCCAAAAGCCUGUGUCUGCUGGAGGAGAAGCUGGAGAAGGCCACCGAGGGCCGUUCCGGGGGCAAGCUGGGCUUGUGGAAGAGGACGAUGCUGACGCUGCAAGCCAAAGAAUUCACCGACUAUUAA